AUGGCCGCCUCCGCCCUGUCCAUCUGCUCCAGCGACCUCAGCUACGACAGCCGGGUCUGCCUGCCAGGGUCCUGUGAAACCUUUACGGAAUCCUCCUGGCAGGAGGACGACUGCCCCGAGAACUGCUGUGCGCCCCCCUGCUGCGCCCCCAGCUGCUGCGCCCCCAGCUGCUGCGCCCCGGCCCCCAGCAUGACCCUCGUCUGCAGCCCCAUGAGCUGCGGGUCCUGCUCCCCCUCCUGCUGCUCCUGCUCCCCCUGCCAGCCGGCCUGCUGCACCCCCAUGAGCUGUACCCCCAUGUGCUGCACCCCCGUCUGCUGUAAGCCCAUGUGCUGCACCCCUGUCUGCUGUAAGCCCGUGUGCUGCACCCCCAUGUGCUGCACCCCCGUCUGCUGUAAGCCCAUGUGCUGCACCCCCAUGUGCUGCACCCCCGUGUGCUGUGGGCCGCCCUGCUGUGUGUCCCUCUCCUGCACCCCCGUGUGUUGUGGGGGCUCCCCGUGCCAGGCCCCCUCGUGCUCUCCCUGCUGCAAACCCUCAUCCAGCAUCUCCCUCAUCUGCCGGCCUGCCUGUCCGCCCCCCUGCCAACCCCCCUGCUGUGGCGCUGCGUCCUGCUGCCCGCCCAGCUGCUGCCGUGGGUCCAGCAUGUCCCUGCUGUGCCGGCCCGCCUGUAAGCCCGCCUGCUGCGCCCCUGCCUCGGCCCAGAAGACCUGCUGA